CUGAAAACAUUAAUUACAAUAUUACCAAAAACAUUAAUCAAGAAACUUUUUUACAUAUAACGUGAUAAAUUUAUUUUUUAAUGUAAACAGAAGUAUUAGGCGACAAAAAUGAUUGCGAGACCUUGGACGGAUGAUUUACCGAAAUGUCGGAAUACUUGCGUAGCGUCCUAUUUCUCCCCAUUAGAUGGAAAUCCGAGUUCAAAUGACGACUAUUUUUGUUUUUAUUGUCACACAGAAGAUAAUUCAUGCCUAUAUGGAGUGUUUGAGCCACACAAUGGAUUGGAUGCAGCGAGGUUUAUCAUGCAGCGAAUGGCUGCUGAGAUUUUAUUUGCUCCACCGUCGAGUAGCAAUACUGAUGAAGAAAUUAGAGAAAAAUUAAGGAAUGCUUUUGUGUCCGUGGAGAACGCGUACAUAGAGAACUAUGAUGGCAUGAUCGCUGAACGAACGAGCUUACAAUACAGGCUUCAGAUAUUAAAAGGGCACACGCAAUCAACACAGAUGUCUGAUAACAUACUUUUUCGUUUAAAAGAAAUUGACCAACACCUCUCCGGAGGGGCCACUGUUGUUAUAGCCCUCGUACACAACAAUAAGUUGUAUGUUGCUAAUGUUGGUGAGACCCGAGCGUUGUUAUGCAGGACCGACGAUAACUCAGUGUUGAGAGUUGUACAGCUGACCGUUGAUCACAGUUUGAACAAUGAGGAUGAAUUAUUGAGGCUUUCACAGCUGGGUUUAGAUGUGAAUAAACUUAGAAAUGCACAAUACCUAGGCAAUCAGACUGGAACAAGAUGCCUAGGUAACUACCUAGUGAAAGGGCUGUACAAAGCCUUCCCAACUAUAAGCGCUGCUUCUUCGGAACCAGUGGUAGCAGCUCCUGAGAUACAUGGACCCAUUGCUUUAGACGAAUCUUGCAGAUUCCUCGUCCUAGUCAGUGCUGGUGUUUACAAACGCAUACAAGAAGUUCGGGGUAACAGCGAACAGACGAAUAAACAAUUGUCCCAAAUUAUAGUAGAGAAUUUCCGGAAGCAAUCAGACUUCAAAAGAGUCAGUCAAUCCGUUCUAGAAGAAAUUGAAGAAGAAUUCUUAUCUUACUGUUUAAAGAAUAGCUUAACGCCUAAACCGAAUACCCAUGUUACUUUAUUGAUACGUAAUUUCAAUUUCCUCCCCCCCAUCCCCCAAAAUGAUGCAAUAAAUACGGUUCAGAAACAAAACGCAUCUGUCAGAUUCAAUCCGAUCGUUCAAUCUAAAUCAAAUACGUUUUUGAACGAAAUGGAUUCUGAACCGUACUCGCCUGGAUCGAAUGAUUUCGAUAAGAACGAUUCGAAUAUCGAUACGAAUCGAUCAAUCGAAUCGUCAUCCGAUAUAUAUCCUAUUAGACCAUAUGACAAGGACAGACGAAUUAAAGGUUAUGUAGACUUUUCUUGCUAUUAUGAAAAUGUAGAAAAGGCCAGGAAAAAUGGUACUUUGCCUAGUUUUAUUAAAUAGAUUAAAAAUAAAAAGUUAUAACGUUGCCUUAUUAAAAAUAAUGUUGCUGGAUAUUUUAGUAAGUUGCUUCAGUAUAUAUAUCAUACUAGUUACCGAUCCCGGUUUUAUAGACAAAAAAAGGACUGUAGUCUGAUCGCUGCUGACCCACUAACACCGGAUUCAAUGUAAAACACCCAGGAACAACGCGAACAUACGCAAAAAAAAGCAUCACUAUCCAGCCGCUGAAAAUGAUUAUCACCGCCCGUGAACAUGGACUCCAGUGGAUUUGCAGGUGCGCUGCCGGCCUCUAAGAAAUGUGUACGGUCUUUUCUUAGGGGUUAUAAAGUCAUAUCGGUUCGGAAAAACCGACGGCGUAAAUAAAUACUAUAAAGAUAUAAAAAAAUCUAUUCUUUGGUACAUAUUUCAUUGUGUAUACUGGGAUUGGGGUGUACGAUGUACUGGACACAUUCGAAACUAUUUUUAAAGUUUCUUUUGUGUAAUCAAUAAACAUUUUUCAAAGUAGAACACAUUUCAGUAUAUUUUGAUUAUAUUUAUUAAUGUUAUCUUUGUAUGUUUAAUUUAUUAUAUCUAGUCAAAUAUAACUAACGCGCCAAAAGACGCUAUUGCUUUGAUUAUGAAGCAUUUAUGUAAUUAAAUACUUUGCUUAAUAAUUUGCUUUUAGUAGUGUCUACUUACUACAAACUAUUUUGCCAAUGUCGCGUAGGAUAGACAGAGUUGGAUUCAAAGGUCUCUGGGGUCACAAUGAAGGCACGACACUUAUUACAUACACAUUUUUUCAGUCAAACUUAAUAAAUAAAAUUAUUUAGAUAUAUUAUUCAUACGUGUGUUUUACUAUAUUUACGUAUAUGUAACUCAUAAUUUUUAUAAUUUUAGAAA